AUGGUAGUAAUAGAAGAUGAUCGGUCGAAGGAUAUGUGUCCUAUUUGUAGGACAGAUAGGUACCUUUCACCUAAUAUGACAUUCCUUAUUAAUCCUGAAUGUUACCAUAAAAUAUGUGAAUCAUGUGUGGAUAGAAUAUUCUCUUUAGGUCCAGCUCCAUGCCCAUAUCCAAACUGUGGAAAGAUAUUAAGAAAAAAUAGGUUUAAGAAGCAAGUGUUUGAUGAUAUAACUAUUGAAAGAGAAGUGGAUAUACGAAAAAGAGUGACAGGUAUAUAUAAUAAAACAGAAGACGAUUUUAAUGAUUUGAAACAAUAUAAUGAAUAUCUAGAGAACAUAGAGAACAUAGUCUUCAAUCUAUCUAAUAAUAUUGAUAGUGAAGAGACCGAAAAGAAUCUAGUUGAAUAUGAAAAUGAACACAAAUUAGAAAUCUUAGAAAAGAAUAUGAGAGAAAGUGAAAAGAAUGCUGAUUUAGUUAAAUACCAAGAAGAUAUGGCCAAAUUGAAACAAGAGAAAUUGAAAUUACAACAGAAGAUGGAACAAGAAGAUAUAGAAUUCCAAAAACAACAAAAACAAGAUUUGUUAGACAAAUUAUCACAUUCCUCAGGUAAUUCUGAAGAUAUUAUUGCUCAAGCCAAUAAGAAGAUGUUAAAGAGAUCAUCAGCAAGAAAGAGACAAUUACAACAAUUGAAUGGUCAAUUGGAGAAACAGUUUGGUUCAGGAGGCACUGGGGUUGUUGAAGAAAGUGGAAAUAUGACACCUUUCACACCAUUUAAAGGUGAUAGAGAUCUUGAAAAAAGAUAUACCUUAUUAUCAAUAUCAGACAAUUUUGACAUGGAUAAGUCUGAUGGUAAACAUACCUAUUAUGAUCCAUUCGUCAAUAAUUUGGCCAAGAACAAAGAAUAUUUAGCUGGAGGUUGGAGAUUAGAAAACGUUUUCGAAAGAGCUCUUGAUGAAGCUUUUAUGGGAUUAGAGUGUUUUAUAGACAAGGAGAAACUUACAGUGUAA